UUCACAAUUUGAAGUCCAGUCCAGACACGGAAUAGACAGAACGCAGACCGUAUUAUUUUUGGGUUCCAAAACUUCCAAGUCGUCCUGCUGAGCUGAGUUCAAAGUUUGAACUAUAUCCGUGGCAGAAUGUCGGAUGGGGCGUUGCGUGUUCUCGAUGGAAUGCACAUCAAAGCCGUCGAUCUCUCGCUGCCGGAACCUGAUGUCAUCUUCUCUGGAGCUCAGAUACUGAACAUAGCCAAUUCUAGAGCCUCUGAUUCCCUCUUUGGUCUCCCAUUACCCGAAUCAAUCAGUGCCUCUGCUCUAUCGCGCAUCGUCCCCAACGAUGUCGACAAUUUCCGGUCUUCUGAGUUCACCAAGGACAAAGCGUCUGAGAUAUUCAAAGACUACCUCGCUGCGAUCGCCGAUGAACUCAAAGAUGAUCCUCUUGUUAUAUCGAUCUUGGAUGGUAACACUCUGCGGAUGUUUUUAGAGGAUGAGGACGAUUUUGCUAUGUUAGCAGAAAAUCUUUUCACUGAUUUAGAUGUUGAGGAUAAAGGGAAAAUCAGUAAGUGUGAAAUCCGGAAUGCUCUUGUCCAGAUGGGAGCUGAGAUGGGUGUUCCUCCUUUCUCAGAGUUUCCUCAGCUAAAUGACAUACUGAGAAAACAUGGAGCAGAUGGAAAAGAACAACUGGGCCAGGCACAGUUUGCACAACUUCUUCAGGCCGUUCUGCAAGAUCUAGCAGAGGAACUUUCACAAAAGAAUGUCACUUUUAUUCAGAACAUAAAAAUCAUCAAUGGCUCUAAGCUAAGACAGCUGUUGAACAAUGAAAAGGAAUUAAGCAGCAUUGCAGAAAAACUUGUGCAGGAAAAGCAGAAUGCAAAGAGCGGGUUAGGAAAUAAGGAAACAUUGAGGAGCUUCCUAGAAAGAAAUGCGAAGGAGUUGGGUUUACCACUAUCUGAAGCGGACGAGGCAGUUGUUCUUCUUUAUGAUGAUAUUUUUGCUGAUGUAGGUAGACAGGAACAUGCGGAAUCGGAUAAAGAUGAGCUGGUAGGAUUAUUGAAGGAAACACUGCAGAAAUUUGCGGAGCAGCUUGAAUCCAAUCCUGUGUUUCAGGAUUUUGCUUGAUGAGGGACACAAGUUAUUGCACAACUCUUCAGAUUCGUUAUCUGGCGAGCUUGUUGCAUUCGACGUUAGUCGUUUGCGUGCGCAUUUGAAUACACGCUUGUCCCAUCCGCAGGGAAAAUUUGCACUGUACCUUCUAUAAUGAGUUCUAUAUUUGUGGAUUUAUUUACCAUGCGCGUGAACUACAUAUUACAAUUAUUAAGGUCUUGAGUGGCUUGUUGGUUAUUGACCAA